AAUAUCAUAUAUGUCCGUAUUUCUGGACAUAUCUGAUAAAAAAAGUAAAUAAUCAGAUGGAUGCAUCUGGUAUCGUUGGAGGUGUAGGCUGGCCGCGGGCGGGCGGGAAAUUCAGUCUAGGAAUGAAUUUGAAAUCUACGGACCUACUUCGCCCUCUUCAGCUCAUCCUUAGUUUUAAUGAGCAGAUGUCUCGAGAUGACAGCACCAUUCGUCGCACCGUUUCCAGAUUUGCAAGUCAAGCUCGCAACAUUAUAAUGAAUGUUCAUCGUUACUUCAGCUCACAGUGGGGAGCAGACUCAGGAAAUGAAGUAUUUGAGAAGACCGCCAAAGCUACAGGAGUGCCAACCAACACAGUGAAAAAAAUCAAGCGACAGUCAUCUGAGUGUGGUAACGUCCCCUUCGCUUCACCUGUAUAUCCCAGGAAGAGGAUCCGAGUGAAGGACAAGGUGGAUAGUUUUGAAAAUGAGUGUAUUCGGAAGGAGAUUUUGUCUUUUUACGAGAGAGGAGAGCUCCCAACGUUAGAUGCCCUACUGGAAAAAGUGAAGGAAGACCCGGUAAAGUUUAAUGGUGGAAGAACAACGUUAUGGAAAAUUGUGAGAGGGCUUGGAUUCCGGUACAAAAAAAGAGACGAGUGGAAGAGCAAUUUUAAUGGAACGUGAUGAUAUAGUGGCAGCUAGAACUGAAUACCUACGGUUAAUUGAAAAGAAUAGGAAUUGUAGUCCAACUGAACGUAAACCUGAAGUAUUCCUGGAUGAAACUUGGAUAAACCAAAAUGAAUGUGUACGUCAGUGUUGGACAACGGGUGAAGGCGAAAUAGGACCCAAACUUAAGACUGUAAGGGGUCAAGAUUUAUUGUGGUGCACGCGGGGAGUGAGAAGGGGUUUGUCAAAGAUGCGCUAUUGUUGUUUAGGUCAAAAAAUGGUGCCAAA